AUGGUGGUCUUUUUUCCCUCCUAUUGGAGCCUAAACAACUUUAAAUCAAUUUGCGAGCAAAACCUCUUGCUUGAAAAACUUUCAAGUAACAAGAAAGUCUUUUGGGAAACAAAUGUAUCUGUGGAACUUUCUCCGAUCUUAAGUGCAUUUAUGACCACCUGCGACAAUUCUCGUCCCAAGGGAGCGAUUUUGUUUGCCGUAAUCAAUGGAAAGGUAUCUGAGGGAAUUAAUUUUUCCAAUCACUAUGGACGCGCUGUGAUUGUCGUUGGACUUCCAUUUCCAAACCAGAGCUCGCCCGAAAUUUCUGAAAUGAUCAAAUUUUUAUCCUCCACUCCUAAUUGCAAAAUAUCAUCGUCUACGUUUCUCGAAAAUGCCUGCAUGAGAAGUCUCCUAGGAAGGGUCAUAAGGAAUAUGAACGAUUAUGCAACCAUUGUAUUGUUGGAUUGUAGAUAUUCGCAGGAAAAUAUUGUUAAAAAGCUCCCAAAAUGGAUACUACCCUCUUUGAGAGUGUGUAAGAAUUUCGGGGACGCCUACAAAGGCUGCGUUCAGUUUUUCAAGUCUAUUGACCAGAUGGUUUAG